GAAGGGGCUGGAUGAAAUCCGUCUGGAGUCUGACAAUAAUUGGUCGAGUUGAUACGCUCCAUUCUGGAGGAUGAACCAGCGGACAGAACGAAGUCCCGCUCCGAGGAAUCUCUCAGAAAUACAGAGGAAAAGAGAAGCUGUAUGCCUAUAAUAUAAUAGGCUGCAUCGUCGGUUAAUUAGGUUACAUGGACACAAGAGAAGGCUAAUUAUUUCGGCGGAGGAAUAUAAUUGCAUAGCGAUAGCCUAUUAAGCGGCUUGGAAGCGCACAGUCGCAGCCAGCACCUCUCUUCUCGUCAAAUCUGAACGUAGGCUACCCAUGUAAAGGGGUUCGUUUUUGCUCAAAGCCUCCAGUUGUUAUUAUCAAUUGUGUUGUCGUGCUUAUUGCUGUUGGAAUUGCAUGUUUCUGAAGAGGUGGUCAUUAUACGACGUCAUUUUGAAGGGAUUAUAUUAGUUUGUAGUCAACGGCUGCGGAGUGCGACUGGAUGCACGUCUUGCAUCGGGGAUUGAAGUGAUAGGCUACAUCUCAACGGACCGGACUUCAAAUUGUGAAUAAACAAGACCUUGUCCAGGGCAACGCAACCUCAAUCUAAAACCCAAUAAAUCUGGGCAAAGUCAACUUGUAUUUCGGCCGCAGAGGGAGAAACUAAAAACCUGCAGAAUGCCUCUUGCACACCUUGCGGAACCCUGGCCCCAAAUGGAGCUAGUUACACUGGACUCAGAGAAUGGACAAAGCGUCACGGAGGAUGGGGUCACACCUGCUGGGCACAAGGAGGAUGACAUCAUCAAGGAGAUUAACAUCACCCACGUGGUCAAGGAAGGUUCGGAGAAGGCCGACGCUCGCCAGUUUGAGCUGCUCAAAGUGCUGGGCCAGGGUUCCUUCGGCAAGGUUUUCUUGGUGCGGAAGGUAACGCCUCCCGACAACAACGAGCUGUACGCCAUGAAGGUCCUGAGAAAGGCCACCCUCAAAGUGAGAGACCGAGUGAGGACCAAGAUGGAGAGAGACAUCCUGGCAGAUGUCAACCACCCCUUUGUGGUCAAACUCCACUAUGCAUUUCAGACGGAGGGAAAGCUCUAUCUGAUCCUGGACUUUCUGAGAGGAGGCGAUCUCUUCACCAGGCUGUCGAAAGAGGUGAUGUUCACAGAGGAGGAUGUGAAGUUCUACCUAGCAGAGUUGGCCCUGGGCCUGGACCACCUGCAUGGCCUGGGCAUCAUCUACAGAGACCUCAAACCUGAGAACAUUCUACUGGACGAAGAAGGCCAUAUCAAACUCACAGAUUUUGGCCUGUGUAAAGAGGCCGUUGACCAUGAGAAGAAAGCCUACUCCUUCUGCGGUACGGUGGAGUACAUGGCACCAGAGGUGGUGAACAGGCAGGGCCACAUCCACAGUGCAGACUGGUGGUCGUUUGGGGUACUGAUGUUUGAGAUGCUGACUGGAUCGCUACCGUUCCAAGGAAAGGACCGCAAAGAGACCAUGAACCUGAUCCUCAAGGCAAGAUUGGGAAUGCCCCAGUUCCUGAGUUCAGAGGCCCAAAGUCUCCUCAGAGCUCUGUUCAAGAGGAACCCCACCAACAGACUGGGGUCGGGGGCGGACGGUGCAGAGGAGAUCAAACGCCACGCGUUCUUCUCCACCAUAGACUGGAAUAAACUGUUCCGGCGAGAAAUCCAUCCCCCGUUCAAACCGGCGGUGGCCCGGCCGGACGACACCUUCUACUUUGACUCAGAGUUCACCUCCCGCACACCCAAAGACUCCCCAGGCGUUCCACCCAGUGCCGGAGCUCACCAGCUCUUCCGGGGCUUCAGCUUUGUCGCCCCGGCCAUGCUGGAGGAGGAGGGAUCAUUGGAGCCUGCCAAGCCUGCACCACACCCAGUGGUUCAGCAACUCCAUGGGAAGAACCUGUUGUUCAGCGAUGGCUACGUGCUGAAGGAAGACAUCGGCAUGGGCUCCUUCUCUGUCUGCAAGCGCUGCGUCCACAAAGCCACCAACACCGAGUACGCCGCCAAGGUGAUUGACAAGACCAUGACGGACCCCUCAGAGGAGAUCGAGAUCCUGCUGCGAUACGGCCAGCACCCCAACAUCAUCACCCUGAAGGAUGUGUAUGACAAUGGGAAGCAGGUGUAUCUGGUGACAGAGCUGAUGCGAGGCGGGGAGCUGCUGGACCGGAUCCUCAAACAGAAGUUCUUCUCAGAGCGCGAGGCCAGCUCCGUGCUCCACACCAUCACCAAGACUGUCGAAUACCUCCACGCACAGGGGGUGGUCCACAGGGACCUGAAGCCCAGUAACAUCCUGUAUGUAGAUGAGUUGGGGAACCCCGAGUCAAUCAGGAUCUGUGACUUUGGUUUCGCCAAGCAGCUGAGAGCUGACAACGGCCUACUCAUGACCCCCUGCUAUACCGCUAACUUCGUAGCCCCGGAGGUGUUGAAGCGUCAGGGCUAUGACGAGGGCUGUGAUGUUUGGAGUCUGGGUGUCUUGCUGUACACCAUGUUGGCUGGCUUCACUCCGUUUGCCAACGGGCCCGAGGACACUCCAGAUGAGAUCCUGAGCAGGAUAGGAAGUGGUCACUUCACCCUGACCGGAGGCAACUGGGACGCUGUGUCGGACGCAGCCAAGGACCUGGUGUCUAAGAUGCUCCACGUGGACCCCCACCAGCGGCUGACGGCCAUGCAGGUCCUCAAGCACCCCUGGAUCGUUCAGAGGGACAAGCUGCCCAACAGCCAGCUGCAGCACCAGGACGCUAAGCUGGUCAAGGGGGCGAUGGCGGCCACCUACUCGGCCUUGAAGAGCUCCCAGCCCACGCCAGAGCUGAAGCCCAUCGAGUCUUCGUUCCUGGCCCAGCGACGUGUCAAGAAGCUCCCCUCCACCUCUCUGUAGAACCAUGUAGACCCCCAGACUCUAGCUAGAACAGCCCCAGUCAGUCCGUACAGCAGUAAGUCACGGGACUGAAGAGACAACCUCAGUUUAACCAGCCAAGGACCACUGACUGUACUCUGCUGUAGUCACCUCCCCCUGCCGGUGAUAUCAGUCGUCUCAGUUUCCUCCUCGAUAGGUGUGGUCACUGGCUGUCAAUCACACCUGGACUAGUGACAGGACAUGACUGGGGAUAAGGAGGCAGUGGGGUAGCGGCAGGUUUUGACAAAUGUGUUCGCAGUAUAUUUUGGAUAAGAGUUGUGUGCGAGCCUUGAGUUUGCGAGACAACCUGCUACCGCAGAGGACGUGGAUGACCGCUGUUGAUGUUUUGGUAGUGUUUCUGUUCUGCUGUCGUUUUGAUUGGCUCUCCCCUCAGCAUCGUUGUGAUUGGCUGCCGCUCAGCUCUCUGCACGUCCGUCUUUCUGUAUGUCUGUUUGGUGUGUCGCUCUCGCUCCAGUUGAUCAGCUUUACGUAGUAGUAGGCUACUGCCAAAUUGAUUUGUUUCUUGUUUUUCCCAUUGGGAAAGCUUGAAGGGACUAUGGCACAAAAUGAGAUCAGUUUAUUGCUAUCAUUUUCCUAUUUUGUAAUGACCAUUCAAAUGAACAAAUAUUUUGCCAUAAAUGAGACUAUACCAGAAGUAGCAAUUCUGGGUAAUGUAGUCGCCGCUAAUGUUUUUUUUCCCAAGCUGAGUGUCUCGCUGUCCAUUUGCAUGACUUAGUGAGUCCAGUCCUAGGGAAAGUUGCAGGAAGUUGUUUGCAUGGUAUGGUCCAGUGUGGCGUCAUGUCGCUUUGUCCUUCUCUUAUCUACACUUUUCUUAGUGACCUUGCCGAUUCUGAGAAAGAAAAAAAAAUAAGAUUGGAGAUAUGUCCAAAUAUUUUUAUUGUAAAAAAAUGAAUAAGAGUAUCUGUAAUGCCCUAAACAAGUUGGCAUGUUGAAAUCUAUAUUCCGUUUUUCCCCCAUUUGUGUUUUCUUCUUGGAUAUGCAUAUUUUGAAUGCUUGUCUGUCUUGUGUUCACUUUUGUUGUUGCCUGUUAUGUUUUGUUGUUCGGUCCAAAGAAAGUGGUGAUAACAUUUUGUAAAAGGUAUGUCGAGCACACGCUGUUGGAGGGUCCACGAUGGACUCUUUCCCACAAUCCUCCUCUGUUUCAAUGUUAAGUAUGGUGAGAUUGAUUGUCGAAACGAUUGUACUGAGCACUCAAAUGCACUCUCUUAAAGUCACUGUAAAGCAUUGGUUUUCAUCUUCUACUCAAACAAUAUUGUUUGGGCUUUUCUGAUUUGAAAUUGCCUGUCUGCUGGUUUUAAUCAGGCCUUAAGUGAAUGGCCACAGGUUAUUUUUGUCUCCUGUUCAGUUUGACUCUACUACAAGGGUAACGGUCUUUAAACACUAUUGUGCCAACCUGAACCAAGCUGCGCCGGCUCUGCUAUUUUAACCAGGCCAGCUCAGUACGGUUUGGCUCGGCAGUGUGAAAAGUCCUGGACUUCCAUCAAGUUCUUUCUCUAUUUUACUUAAUCAUAAUAACUUCUGGACAAAAUGAUCAUUGUAUUAUUUGCUGUAUUGGAAUAGUACACAUUUGUGGCUAAGUUUAAGUAGCUUGUAAGGUAACUUGACCUACAGCAUACGUUAGAUUCCGUAAGCUUCUUUAGGCUUGACCCUUAGAUAUCUGAAGCAUAUCUGUCGAAAGGAGGUUGGUGGGUCAGGAUGGGGUACAGGGGGUAUUUCUGCCAUUGCAGCAGUGGGGAUUCGGGCCUAUAGGGUAUUAAAAUGAGAUUCCUUUCUAUUAAAAAAAGUAUCUGCGCUGA